UCGGGGCGUCCCCUGCCCUGUCCUGGGGCUACAUCAUGGACUAUGCGGCUGGCAUUGGGAGGGCAGGUGCAAGCCAUGCUCGGUGGGGCCUGCGUUACUACCUCCCUAAGCAGCGUCAGUCAUGGCCGUGUGAUGUGACCCGUGUAUGGUAAUUUAUUCGUGGAGGACUUACUGAUGGAAUUCUGUACUUAGGCCUCUGGGUGUAGUCAUUCAAAAUGAAAAACAAAUUCUCAGAGCUUUUGAGGGAUUUAAAGGACACGCAGGCUCGGCCUGUACCAUCUAACAUCCUGUGCUGAAAACUUGGGUUUGUGUUUUUCUUGGAAUAAUGCAGCAGUGUGCUGUGCUCCUGUAAAACAUGGUUCUGUCCCCAAGGUGACAGCACCUGCAGGUCAUGGUGGGCAGAGCAGAGAGCUGGCUUGUGACGCCCAGAUAUCCAGCUGCCCACGUUGCAGAGACGGGAGUGACUUGGAAAGAGGGGCAAGCUUCUCACUAACCCUAGAAACCUGCUCUCCAUGUCCGAGAGACUCGGACCCCUGCCUUCUGUGGAACGGGGCCUGUUUCACCCUCUUUUAGGGACGGAGUUACAGCAGAGCCCUCCUUAGGCAGAACAGCGCAGGGGUGGUGGGAAUGGCCAAAGCCAUGUGGCUUGGCCUAGGGCGACAGUAGGGAGCAGAGGGGACUGUGUCUGACUGGCCCAGCACGCUGGUUGGUAUAAGAAACAGGAUCAGGUCAGGCACUCUGGGAGGCUGAGGCAGGAGGAUCACAAGUAUGAUCCCAGCCUGGAUAAUGCAGCAAUUUAGUGAAACCUUGUUUCAAAAAAAUUAAAUUGAAUUGAAAAGGAUUGAGUCAUAGCUCACUACACAGGCCUUGGGUUCAAUCUCUGGGACUGCAAAAGCAAAAGAAGGUGGACCAGGCAGUGUCAGACAUCCCACAGGUAUCAGUCCUCAGUCUUGUUUCCUGGGCUGUCUUCCAGAGUGCCACGAAGGGGUCACUUGGCGCAGCAGCAGUGUGUCAUUUUGUGUUACAGAGGCUGGAAGUCAGAGGUCUAGAGUUUUGGCACACCCGUGCUCCCCACCUUCGGGGACUCUGUCGCCUCUUCUUAGCGAUUCUGACCUCUCUUGCCUUGGGUCUGCGUCACUCUGAUCUCUGCCUCUGUCCUCACGUGGCUUCCCCCGUGGGUCUCCGUCUUCACAUGACCACCUUCACAUGGUCACUAGGCAGAUUGGGCUAGGAACCACCACCCUCCUCAGGGGUGACCUGUUAAUUCGGUAAUUACAUCUGCAGGGACCCUGUUUCCAAACAAGGUCACAUCCUGCCACGCGAGGCUGAGGACAUCUUCAUACCUUCUUUGGGGGACACAGCUCAGUCUGCGGCACCUUACGUGGUGUGAGACACCUAUAAAACUAGAGGCCAAAUUCCGCGUUUGUGGGGCAAAUCAGAUGAAUCUGGGAGCCAGAUGUGGCCUGCAGGGCGCACAUCCUGGGGUCUGUGCUGCUAAGAGGGGUCUGGGUGCAUUGAUUCGUUAGCUGAGUCCUGGACACACAGGUGAGUGGUGUCUAGUCUAAUCUAAUCCCCACAGCCACCCCGUGAGAUUGGUGUUAAUUUCCCCAUUUUACAGUUCAAGAGAAACCUUGCAGAUAAAUACAGAAGCAGGUCAAAGAGAAACAGUAGGUGGGCAGGGCCAAGGUCCAAGUUCCAGUCUAUGACGAGGGCCCAAGCGUUCGUUCACCACCGGGCCCGGUGGAGCAAGGUGUAACUCUGCGGCCUGAUCUUAGAAACUCUGGAGGGGGAGUAGUUUGGGGAAAGCUUGUUUUUGAUCCAACAUACAUUUUUCUUUUCCUUUCUUUUGUGGGACUGGGGAUCAAACUCACCAGCUCGAGCUUGCUAGGCAGGCGCUUGUGCCACUGAGCUAAAUCCCAAAUCCAACAUGCAUGUUUCUUACGGAAAUGAUAGCUCCAGUUUUCAGAAGACCUGGGAAAUAAAAGUGACCUGACCUCUGAAUGCGUACCCCCAGUUGUGACCGCAGAACCCGCCUCGGCUGUUAUGUGCGAGCACUUACCCGGCGUGUGCGGCUAUCACACCUGGAAGCCUGUACCGGUGUGUGACCUGUAGAGUGGCCAUGCUCUUCCCCGCCUCCCUCGGUUCGUGGGGGUGUGGCCUCUAGCUGGUUGGGGUUAUGAAUAAUGCAAAAAAUGUGCCCCUGCCUUCUGGGCUAGUUCCAUUUUAUUCCCUGACUGCCGAGCAUUUCAUUCAGCAGCGGUGCCAGUGCUGUUACUUAGUUCCCCUUUCCCCAGUUGCUGGACUUCCUGCUUGUAUCAGUGUCACCAGAGCAAAGCUUCUUUGUGCAGAGAGCUGUGUCCGCAGGAGUUCCCCGCGGCUGGGGAGUGGAGCCGCGGUGAAAGGCUUUGACUGGGUCUCGUGCGCCCCCUGCUGCCUUCCCGGGAGCAUCGCAUCGUUUUGUGCUCCUGUCUGUUGUAUCAGGUUUAUUUUCUCCGUGGGACAGGUAUUAAUAUCUAAAGGCGUCUGCUAGCUUGUCCCCUUGACGAGAUUUGCUUGGCAUUAUUCACCCCAUGAGUCUUCUGGGUGGGGUUUUCAGGAAACCUAUUGUUGAGCUAUGACUUUAUUUUUCAAACUUACACAGGAAGCGAAUCCCUAACCCAAGGGCCCAGAAUUUGAAAUCCAAAAGUCGCCUGGCAAGCGCAAGGUUGUGAGUUCAAUCCCUGGUACCAAAAAAAAAAAAAAAAAAAAAAGAAUAAGCCGGGUGUGGUGGCUCACGCCUGUAAUCCCAGCACUUGGGAGGCUGAGGCAGGAGGAUCUUUGUGAGUUCGAGAUCAGCCUGGGCUACAAAGUGGGCUUAAGGCCAGCCUGAACUGCAUAGUGAGACGUCUCAAAAAGACAAAAAAAAAAAAAAAAAAAAAAAGAAAUUCAAAAGUCUUUGAACACUGACAGAAUGCUCAGAAAGUUUCGGGUUUGGGAUUUUGGGAUUUCUAGGUUACAGGCACAAAAUUGGUAAAAUGUAUACAUGUAUUCUAAAAUCUGGGAAACUCUGAAAUUUGAGUCCCAAGCAGUUCAGCUGACGGAUACCUGGGCCCUGGGAUGAAAAGCCUCUUUGUCCCCGUUUCCUGACUUCUGAGCAUAUUGACGGGCAGAGAAUCUGACAGGGGGUGCACAUCUGUGGGUACCCAGGGUGGGGGCAGGCUGCCUUUCCUACCUCCCUGCCCAUUCACUGCCCAGCACAGUGUAGGUGUCCCCAGAGAGCCCCAGGGGGAUGAGAGCACGGCUGUCCCUGAGAAAUGCAUGUGAACAGGAUGCCACUUUGGGGGAAGCCAUCUCAGUGAGAGACGCCCACCUGGGCGUCUGCCCUGAACCGUCCUGAGGCAGCUCCCGGCAUCCUGGGCCUCCAGCCUCUUCCUGAUCCUCUUUCCCAAGGUUCAGUGUAGCCAUUUCCCUGCCUUGUUCCUGCUAAGUGCAGCCUUGUGCCGGGCCUGCGGGAGUGGCCCUUGGGUCGUCUGUGCCCUGGGCUUGCAUGUCAGUCCUCCGGGGCUGUUGAGGCUGCCCCCUCCCCUCCUGCAGGUGUGGUACCCUGCACUUUGUGGGUCCCUUGCACAUACAGGAGGCUGUGCGCGCCCUGCUCCUUCAGGACCGGCUCACUUCCAGCCAGAUGAUGAGCUGGAUAGCAGCACCACGUCCAUGUCUGCACCCACUGCCUGCGGGGCUCGGCACCGGGGCAAGCUGAGUGGAUGCAGUGGGCAGAUGAGCGAGUAAGGGGGUAGGGAGCCAGAUGGGGGCCCCAUUCACCUCUGCCCAGGAGCAGGCUGGAGCCUGGCACAGUCUGGCUUCAGUGCCAGGAGAAGCAGAGGGUGCUGCAGACACCCUGCCUCCUCCGAGCUGGCCAGGGCCUGAAGCUGGACACAGUGGGCUCUGGUGGUAUUGAUGCAGAGCUGAGUCCAGGAAAGGAACAACACCCGAGGGCGUCAGGAGGCAGUGAACAGCUUUAGUUUACACACUGGUCCUGGCAGAAUAACCUCCAACAGCCAGGCAGCCCAGGGUCUGUGAGCCAGCAUUAGAGAAGGCAUCCGCAGGGGUGGCACAGGGGACCAGGCAGCCUGGCGGUGCUUCCGAUCAGCUGGCAGCGUGAGAUCAUCAGUUACAGGGCUAGAUUCUGACCAUCAGUUACACGAGCAAGUAGUGACCACAAGGCUUGUUGGCACAAUUAGGUUCAGCUAGGCUGUUGUGGUUACAGGGGCAAGAACGCGAUUACAAAGUCAGGAAAGGGUUACGGUUGCUAGGGAUCUCCCAAGACAACAAGAUUAGGAAGAACAGUGUUGCCUUGCCCAGUUCUCCCUUUUGGUGGUCGGCAGAGGUGGGAUCUAAGCAGGUGUGUAUGUGUGUUUGUGCGCGCGCGUGUAGUCCUGGGCGUUGAACUCUGGCCUUGUACGUGCUGGGAAAGCACUCUUCCACUGAGCUACACCCAAAACAUAGUCUUGAUAAAUUGCCUGGGCUGGCCUCAAACCUGCGUCCUCCUGCCUCAGCCUCUGGAGUACCUAGGACUAUAGGCAUAGGCCACUGUGCCUGGCUGACUGUUGUCUUAUUGUUGGCCGUGGUGUCUGUCAAGAAAGUAUAGACGUUUUACUCUUUUAUGUAAAAGUUGGCUGAUUUUUCUGGUACCGUGUGCCAGGGCCUUGGAUUUUGAUUUCAUGCCUGGCAGAACCUGUUCACUAAAUGUAGGACUUUCCUGGGUGCUCACUGGGCAGAGGACUCUAGGACUUGGGUCUCACUCCAAGCUGCCGUUUCCCCUAGACAGCAGCUUAUUUCUGGCUGCACAGACGGUGGAUGAGUCCUGGAGAAAGGAUUGCCAGGGAGCCCAUGAAUGAGGCUCAUGGGGCAGGUGGCGGUCAUCAGGGACCCCUCCCAGAGUCCAGGAAGGAGGCGUCUCCUUUCCGGGGCUCUUGCCUUGUUGCUAAUGCUACUGCUGUCCCUGGGGCCCUGCAGCUGUCCAGGGACCCCAAGCCUGUGCCGUGGUGUUGGCAACGGCUCUGGGCUUAGAGGCUGAGCCUGGGAGGAAAGACCCCAGGGACAGGCUGGCAGGGAUGCUGUCCCCUGUGACGUACACACGCCAGGCCUGCCUGGAGACCGCUGCCUCCCCAGCCUCAGUGGUGUCACCGGCAUCUGGGACCUGCUCUGCCGCUGAACCUUCCUUCUGCCAAGGUUGCAUCUUCCCAGUGUCCUGGGUCCAAGCCCCGGUAGCCUGAGGGUCCCAGCAGGGCACAGGAGGGGUUGGGGUGGGUGCGGAGCCUGGGGCUCACUGCUGAGCUGUGCGGCUGCCCAUGGCGUAUGUCCUGUUCGUGCUCUACUUCUCCUUCUUCCUCUGCCUCUGCGCCCUGGUGUGCCUCUACUUCUCGGGCUGCCAGGAGAUGACCUACAGGCAUGAAGGUAGGCGGCUGGGGGGCUGGGGGGCUGGGGGGCCCUGUGUCAGGGCUCGCUUUGCGGUCAUUUGUGCCCAGAUUACAUUUUAAAGUCCAAUUUGUUUGUAAGGAGAACAAGACUUGGGCUGUAAGGAUAUAAAUUACUGCACAUAAAUCACUGUGUUGAACCCAGGGCCUUUUGCACUGAGCUACACCCCCCAGCCUGUUUUUUGUUUCUUAUUUUGAGGCAGAGUCUCACUAGGUUGCUAAGUUGCCCAGGCUUAAACCUGAAAACCUCCUGCCUCAGCCUCCCUUUUAACAUAGUAGAUGUGCUCUGAAUGAGCAAACAGUGGGCAUCCGUGCUUUACAGUGUCAGAGGAAAUGCCCACGAGGUUAGGAUAAUUGAGACCCAGAAAUUUAGGUGCUCUGCGUCUUUGCAAAGCCUGUUCUGUAUCAGGCACUCAAGAAGCAGUGUCCUCCGGUGGUCUUCCUGCGCCCUCAGGAGCGGGUGUGGGUUCUUCCCUGUAGACCGGGGCAGAGCAGCAUGGAGCAGGCCGCAUCGUCUUCAGAGACAGCACCGUAUCCUCAUUGGUGCCAGGCUGAGGGGCUUGUUUGGUACCAUUGAAACCAGGAGCAGAUCAGUCACAGCAGGCUCCCCUCUCUUAGGUGGAGGAGCCCGUAUCGGAGGCAUGCAGGCCCUGUCCUUGCGGCUGGGAGCUGGGCUCUGCCUCCCCUCUCACUGCCAAGGGAAUCUCAGGGACCGUGGGGCUGGAUUCUCCAGGCAUUGUGGGGCGCAGGGCACUGCCUGUCCUGUAUGCGUAUGGGGUUCACCCUCAGGAUGGCCCGGAGCUGUGGUUGGGUCUUAGAGAGCAGUGGGCAUGCUGUGGCUCCUCUGGGGUCUGACUCGGGCUGCUGAUGAGUGUGGCUCUGCUGCAGAACCCCAGCAGCAGCGCAGCGGCAGCAGCGAAUGUCCAGCGUUGGGCUUGGCGGUGAGGACUUAGCCAGCAGCACCCUGGGGUCCCAGUAGCUGUAGUGAGCAGCCAUGUGUCCCCAGGACAGUCUAUGAUGCUGGCCGAGGCAGUCACAGCCUGGCCCUGUGGCAUCCUAGUUGUUUGGAAGCCAGUGACCUGAGGAUGCCUCUGGGGGCCCCUUGGGUGGGGUCAGGCAGGGCUCUCUGUCUGGUGGGUGCAGAAGCAAACAGAUGUCCCCAGAGGCAGUCAUUGCUGUUUAAGAGAAGUAAGGUUGGCCUGGCCGCUGCCCAAAAAAAAUCCAGGAACCUGGAGCCCAGAGCUGUGUGUGCGAGGGUCAGGGUCAGGUGAGCUCUGGGCUGAGGAGGAGAGGGGCCUUGGUGACCGUUCACACCUGGUGGGGACACUGGCUUCACCCUAGGGUGCUGCAGUGCCACCAGGGGGUCGGAUUGGGUGAAGUCGGUGCUGGGCUGAAGGCUGGGGGACAGGCACAGGGGAGUGGGGUGCCCAGCUGGGCUGUGUGCCUGAGCGCCUGAGAGGACUCCACAGACACAGCUGGAGUGGCGGCGAAACAGAUCUGGGGCUUUAUAACUGCCCACCGAGACCCUAUGCUGCUGGCAUCACUGACACCUGGGUUUGGGGUUCAAGGCAGGCAGGUGCCCCACAUAAUUAAACCCGGAAGGCAGUGAGCAGGAGGGCAGUGCAGUGGGGGUUAUUUCCCAGUGGCAUUGUUGCUGGUGGCCUCAGUGUCAUUUUGCUGUGACUGCAGAUAGUCCCAGCUGGGAGGAGCCCUCAAUUUCAUGGUGGGGGUGCAUCCUGCCCUCCACAGGUCCCUGGGGCCCUGGAGGAGCUGUCGAGAGCCCGCAUGGGCCUGUGAUGGCCUGCGGGUCUGCCCCUUGCUCAGGAGUGGCAUCUGUUGAUGGUGACAGCAGAUCACGGUCCUCCCAGGGCUCCUGGAAAGAGAAGAGACAGGCGGCCUGGGUCUGCUGACUGCCAGGCGCUGUCUGCAGCCCAGGGGCUGAAGUGCAGUGUGACUGGUGAUGUCCAGGGGAGGACAUGUCACACUCGUUCCUGGGCCUGCAUCCUGGUGCAGGUGGCAUGGGGGGCUCUCAGAGGGCCUCGCCCAGCCCUGGUCGUCCCUGUGCACCCACAUUCCCCUCUGCAGAGCCAGACAUCUGCUGGCUGUGUGCCUGCUUGGCAUCCCAAGUGCCGGACUCCUCUGUGGGUGUGGGGCAGAGAGGCGGGGCUCCGGAAGGAGCUGGGUGCAGAGGAGCCUGGGCUGUGCCCCGUCCUUCCCACCUGGCACUUACUAAGCCGCCAGCCACUUGGGGUGAAGGGGUAACCUCAUGGCUCAGGUCCAAGCCAGUGCCCACUGCCCCAGGGCGACAGUGACAGCGGAGUCUUAGGCUGUGCCUGACUUCCUGCCUGUCACCUC